UACCAAAGCAUAAAGUAAAAUCAGCGCAGAAUAUGCUUUGCGCUGUUACGCAGAUUAUCCUUUCCUUUUUUUUCUAGCUCUUCUUUCAGUUCCUUCCUUCUUAACAAUUCCUUCCUAAAUUCUCUCAUUAAUUUUCUCCAAAAAAACAACCACUUUUUCAACGGAUCCUAAUCCUUUACUUAAAACCCUCACUCACCAACUUCUUCAGCGUUUUUCGAUAUUUCCACUAGAAACAACGAAAACGAGAGAAUUGUCAUGGAGCUUCUGACCGUGGUGGAUGAUUUUUUUGUCACGGCGUCUCUGGCGCUUCUUCUCACUUUCAUCGUCUUGAAGCUCGUCGAGGUCGUCAACGACAUUCACGCCACACCAAAACGUCACCUCGCUCCCCAACCGAUCCCUCCGCUUUCUCAUGCCGAACGCUUUAUGGUUCAGCGCGCUCAAAGCGAGAGCAAGCUCCGUUUUAGUACUCCGGUUCACUAUGUAACCGAAUACAAGAUAGAAAAGCCCACGCUCGAACCGGUUCCUCAAAGUAAGGCUGUAGAAAUCGAAUGUGAAGAAGCUACGGUCGAACCGGUUCCCCCGGUUCAGCCCGCUGAAAGCAAGGACACGAUAUGUUGUAUUAGUCCGGUUCAAGCUGCCACGUGUGUAGGAAGCGAACACAAGGUUGAAGAGGCUGUGGUGGAACUCGAUUCCAACUUUGUUCUCGAGUCACCGGUAAAAUCACACACAGACAUUGUCGUUAUAGAGGAAAUAGCAGAGACUAAUGAGGGAACAACACAAGAGUUUGAGGAGAAGAGGGACGUCGAAAGUGUUGAAGAUCCUUGCACUGAAAUUGAAGUUUCUGCUGUAGAAAACGGCGUGAAAGAGAAUGAUUACAAUGAUGAUGAUGAUGAUGAUGAUUGGGAAGGGAUUGAGAGGAGUGAGUUGGAGAAAGAGUUUAUGGCGGCUACGGAAUUUGUUGCUAACGAGGGUGAUCGAUUGGAGAAUGUUGGAAGCAACGUGAAAAUGGAGUUGUAUGGGCUUCACAAGGUUGCGACGGAAGGGCCUUGCCGUGAACCUCAGCCAAUGGCUCUCAAGCUCUCUGCACGUGCCAAGUGGAAUGCUUGGCAAAAGCUGGGGAGCAUGAAUCCAGAGGUUGCAAUGGAGCAGUAUAUCAGCCUUCUUUCGAACAAAUUUCCUGAAUGGAUGAAAGAUACUUCAACUGGAAUUAGUGGUCAUGAACCCAUAAAGCCUGAAGUUUCUGAGUCCGCUGCUUCUGAUCUGAGCACAACUUUGUCUCAUCAGCAACUGAUCUUAGCUAAUAGGGAACUUGAACAAGAGUCUUAUUCCGAGGAGCGUAGCCCACUUGCAGGGUCAGAUUUAAAUAACAAUGUUAACAAAUGAUAGGAUUUCUCUGCUAAUUUCCCUCUCCAAUGAAGACCGAUUCCAACUGUCUAAGUUUGUUUCCAAGGAAGAGAGAUUCUUGGGUUGUUUGUUCUCCUUUGUUCCUUAAAUUAUUUGUUGAUCGUCAUUGUUCUUUAAUAUCAAGUUGUUAAUAUAUUUUUUGUACAUAAAUAAAUGUGUGUAUAGGAUCAUAUACACAUACUUCUGGUUGUUAAUAACUAAUUUAUUGAUAUAUAAUGGGAUUGAUAAGUAGAUGUUGUUAGGCGAUCUGCUUAAAUAUCUCAAUUUCAUAAACCGUAUAUGGUAUUGAA